AUGGUGAUCAUGUCAGAUUAUACCUCUGUUCCCACUCCAAAUCAAGCCCAGCGAAGGCCUCUCCGGGUUGGAUUUUAUGAUAUUGAGAGGACCUUGGGAAAAGGAAAUUUUGCAGUGGUAAAGCUGGCCAGGCACAGAGUAACCAAAACACAGGUUGCAAUAAAGAUUAUAGACAAAACAAGAUUAGAUCCAAGCAACCUGGAGAAAAUUUAUAGAGAGGUCCAGAUAAUGAAGCUUUUGAACCACCCCCACAUUAUCAAGCUGUAUCAGGUUAUGGAGACAAAGGAUAUGCUUUACAUUGUUACUGAGUUUGCAAAAAAUGGAGAAAUGUUUGAUCAUUUGACUUCCAAUGGACACUUGAGCGAGAGUGAAGCUCGAAAGAAGUUCUGGCAGAUCCUUUCUGCAGUGGAAUACUGUCACAGCCAUCACAUAGUGCACAGGGAUCUCAAAACUGAGAACCUUCUGUUAGAUGCUAGCAUGAAUAUCAAGUUAGCAGACUUUGGAUUUGGAAAUUUCUACAAAUCAGGGGAGCCCCUCUCCACUUGGUGCGGAAGCCCACCUUAUGCAGCCCCUGAGGUUUUUGAAGGCAAGGAAUACGAAGGACCUCACCUUGAUAUAUGGAGCCUUGGUGUGGUGCUGUAUGUCCUCGUUUGUGGCUCUCUGCCUUUUGAUGGACCCAAUUUACCAACUCUGAGACAAAGAGUGCUGGAGGGACGAUUCCGCAUCCCCUACUUCAUGUCCCAAGACUGUGAAACACUAAUCCGACGGAUGCUAGUUGUGGACCCAACUAAACGAAUAACCAUUGCCCAGAUAAAGCAGCACAAGUGGAUGCAAGCAGACCCUUCUCUCCAGCAGCAGCAAUCUUUGUCCUUCUCCAUGCAGAACUACAACUCUAACCUGGGUGACUACAAUGAGCAAGUCCUUGGGAUCAUGCAGACUCUUGGCAUUGAUAGGCGGAGAACAGUUGAGUCUCUACAAAACAGCAGCUACAACCAUUUUGCUGCAAUUUAUUAUCUUCUCCUGGAGCGCCUCAAGGAGUACCGAAACAACCAGUUGUCCAAUCGUCCAGUGACCAGCCGUCAGCAAAGACCAAGGAGCUCUGAGCUCAGCAACAUUGAGAUGCCUCAAGACAGCCUUGCAAGUGAAUCCCUGAGAUCAUCUCUGCUUUACCAUCAACCUCAGAACUUGAUUCAGUCAUCCUUGCAAGCAGAAAUGGAUUGCGACAUGAACAGUCCAUUACAGCCAGUAUUCUUUCCUGUGGAUCCCAACUUCAAUGGUCUCUUCAGGAAUCGCUCCAUUUCUCCCAACAGUUUGCUAGAAACCACCAUUAGCGAGGAGGUGAGGCAGGAGAAAGACCUGGCGGAGGAAAUCAAGGCCUACAACCCUCUUCACCUCCCCAGCAACACCAGCAGGAGGCAUACGCUGGCUGAAGUCACUACUCAUUUCUAUCCAUGUACCCCUCCAUGCAUAGUCAUUUCCUCUUCGACAAGCCCCACAGAAGGAACUAGUUCAGACAGCUGCCUCACCUCAUCUUCAAACAACAGCUCAGUGGCUCUGAGCAGCUGUUUGGCAGAUCAAGUAAUGACUGGUAACCCAGCCACAGCCAGGAUGACAUCACCAUUUCUGACUUCCCAAUCUGACACUCCAGGGCUGCAAGCUCAGGGCUGCAUGGGAGGUGCUUCUCUGCUGCCUGUUAGCUUCCAGGAAGGAAGACGUGCAUCUGAUACCUCAUUAACUCAAGGCUUGAAGGCAUUUAGACAACAGUUACGAAAGAAUGCUAGAGCCAAAGGUUUCCUUGGGCUGAACAAAAUCAAGGGCUUUGCUCGCCAGGUGUGCCAGUCUUCAUCCACUCGGGCAGCACGCAGUGGCAUGAGCCCUUUCCAGCAUUCUCAGCAGAACACGUGCAUGUACAGCAAUGGAGGAAGCAGCAGAGAGGGCCGAAGCCUGCUAGAGGAGGUGCUGCAACAGCAGAGAAUGCUCCAGUUACAGCAUCACCAGUUGAUCCAGCCAACAUGUCACCAGUCCUCUCGGGUGUCUGCAACACACUGCAUCCUCUCUCCUGACAGUACAGACACUUACAAAACAUCUAACUCUCUUCUGCUGUCAGAGCUACGAAGGGAGAACUCAUUUGAGCUGGCAUUUGGUGGCAACACCCAGCUGCUCCAACCUCACCUCUUUGGAGUCAGUGUCUCACCAGUGUCUUCAGCUGCUCAUCUUCUAGACACCCAGCUGUACAUCAGUAGCAAUGUCUCUCCGAUCACCAACAACUUCUCUCAGCAACAGAAUUUCUCUGUGCAGUCUCCGAGCUACGAUGCUGUCACUUUGCAGAAUGGGGACUGUGAAAUGGAGGACCUCACUUCCAGCCAGCUAGGGAAAUUUGUCCUGGUGAAAUGA